CCUCUUUUACGCACGUGAACGCUGCAGAUCCGCUAGAGUUUGUGAAGCGCACACAGCCGCUGCGUUCACAUUCCUCAAAUCCCAGCGCGUGAGUCCGGCGUCGGGCCGCUGCAGUGUGUGCUAGACUGUGACUCAGAGCAGCAGAGCAGUGCCCCGUGGCGUGGAGGGUUAUCCAAUAAGCAACAAAAUGGCGUGGUGGACUCUGGCAGUUCUGCUGCUGUCUCUCUCUAUAGUCUGCUGUGCGGAAUCCAUCCAGGAGUUCACAUCCAGCACCCUCAUCAAUAACGUGGUGCAGGACCCCCUCACAGGCCGCAUCUAUGUGGGAGCCAUCAAUGCCAUCUACCAAUUGGACUCCUUGCUCAAGCAGGAGAAGAAAGUAGAGACUGGUCCCAAGAGGGACAGCCGCCACUGCACACCCCCCAUCCAGUCCUGCCACGAUGCCAAGAUGACAGACAACACCAACAAGCUGUUGCUAGUGCACCCGUCUAACGGCUCGCUCAUUGUGUGUGGAAGCCUCUUCAAGGGCAUCUGCUCCCUGCGGAAACUCAGCAGCAUUGACCACCUGAUCUACUAUAACGACAGCAAGGGUGAAAAGGCUUAUGUGGUCAGCAGUGAGGAGACGGUGUCUGUAGUAGGAGUGAUGUCAACCUUCACCAAAGAGAAUGAUACAUUUGAUGUGUUUGUCGUGGGGAAAGGCUACGGAAGCCAGGGCAACAUGGAGCUUAUCAGCACCCGCAUCCUGCAGGACUUUGGCAAUUGGGAUGUGUUUGAGGACAUUGUUGAGGCUCCUGCUGUUCAGGUCACCCCAUUUGUCAAGAAGUACAGGCACAAUUUUCGCUACUCAUUCAAGGAAAGUGGCUUCAUCUACUUCCUCUUCACCCGCACAAGAGGGGGGCUACAUAACAAAAACUUUACCUUCAUCUCCCGCCUUUGUGAGGAUGAUCACCAUUACUAUUCCUACAUGGAACUGCAGCUCAGCUGUGGCCCCAACAACAUGUACAACAAGGCACAGGCCGCCUUUGUCUCCUCCCCUGGGGAGGAACUGGCCCGAAACCUGAGCGCAUCCGGUCAGUACGGCCAAGUGCGGUCGCAGGACAAGAUUCUGUUCGUAGUGUCCAGCACCGAUGAAGACAAGCCCCAUUCGGGGCUCUGCAUGUACCCCCUGAGAUAUAUCAACCAACGAAUUAUGGAAAUCAUCAGUGCCUGCUAUACAAAAAAUGGGAAAAUUGGAAACAAAGUAGCUGUUGAUUCUCCGUACACAACCUCAGCAAAUCUAUUAUGUUCAGUAUCAGUCCGUCAAGACACGCUGACAAAGUACAAAUGUAGUGCCGAUUUCCUGCCUUCACCGCUGGCCAGCACACCAGGCUUUGCGCUGGCUGCCCAAGCUGUCCACACCACCAAAGACCUGCUCAUGGCUGUCGCCGUUGCUGUGGAGGCUGAGCGCACGGUGGCCUUUCUGGGAACCAGCAAUGGGAACGUGUACCACGUACACCUGUCCAGCACACCAGAGGUGUACCGAACUGUCCCUGGACCCAGCUCUGGUGAGGCAGUGAACAAACACCUGCUAUUCGACAGAAACCACAGGCAUCUGUACGUCACCACAGGAAAAAAGAUCUCAAUGGUACCAGUGGAGGAAUGUGAUAUGAUGAAGGACUGCAAGUCUUGCAUGGACCUCAAGGAUCCCUACUGUGGCUGGUGUGCCUUGGAGGGCAGGUAAGCCCUCAGUUCACACCCAGUUAGCAGUGAGAUAUUCACUACUUUCUACACAACAGUUUGCUCCUACUGCUUUCUGCAUGAAUGGCUCCUUUGUCUAAGGCAUAAUAAAUGCAGACAGUCCUAUUUAACAACACGCCACAUUUCACGUAUCCAUAUUUUAAUUGAAUAAAU